ACGGACGGUAUUUUAUCUGACGGGAAAAAGCAUGAACAGAACAGAAGUAACAGACGGUAAGAGCGGAAGCACAGUGAGAAAGUGAAAUCCGAAAUCUCCAUCAGAAAUUGAAGAAGAGAUAGGCUCAAUGCUCUGCCUUGAUCGCUCUUUGCUGCGGAUCCUGUAAACCCUAAUAUUGGGCUGUAUAACGAUCUCUAAAUAUUGAUACACUGGAAAUAUCUAUAGUUACAUUGAUUGGUGAUUUGGUGAACCAUGGCAUAUGUAAAGGUUGUCAACAGAUCGGCUACGGCUGCAUUCGCGCCGGAAGGUACGUAUGUGGCUGCUGGGACGAUGGCUGGGGCGGUGGAUCUGUCGUUCAGCUCGUCGGCCAACCUCGACAUUUUCAAGCUCGACUUCGGAUCAGAUGAUCAACAGCUCAUCCCAGUUGGCUCGGUUUCCAGCUCCGAGCGCUUCAAUCGUUUGUCUUGGGGGAAGGCUCUUCCCAAUUCCGAGCAGUUCUCUCUCGGGAUCAUCGCUGGUGGACUCGUUGAUGGCAACAUUGGGCUGUGGAAUCCGAGGAAUAUGCUGUCCUCUGGUGCGAAUCAUACGGGUGGUGCUGAUGCUACUGCAAAUGCUUUUAUUGGUCCUCACCUUUCAAAGCAUAGUGGGCCAGUUCAUGGUUUGGAGUUUAAUUCUUUUACUCCAAACCUCCUUGCUUCUGGUGCUGAUGAAGGUGAAAUCUGCAUAUGGGACAUUUCACAUCCCGCUGAACCAACCCAUUUUCCUCCUCUGAAGGGUAGUGGUUCAUCAACUCAAGGGGAAAUUUCAUAUAUAUCCUGGAACAACAGAGUUCAACAUGUAUUGGCUUCCACAUCAUUAAAUGGGACAACAGUGGUUUGGGAUCUUAGGAAGCAGAAGCCAGUCAUAAGUUUUGCGGAUUCUGUUAGAAGACGGUGCUCUGUUUUGCAGUGGCAUCCUGAUUUUACUACUCAGCUUAUUGUAGCUUCUGACGAAGAUAGUUCACCUUCUCUGAGGAUGUGGGAUAUGCGGAAUGUGAUGUCUCCAAUGAAAGAGUUUUUAGGACAUACCAAGGGUGUCAUUGCAAUGUCUUGGUGUCCAAUGGAUAGCUCCUAUUUGCUUACUUGUGCAAAAGACAAUCGCACUAUAUGCUGGGAUGUUCCUUCGGGUGAGAUUGUGUCUGAACUGCCAGCAGGAACUAAUUGGAAUUUUGAUGUGCACUGGUACUCAAAGUGUCCAGGUCUUAUAUUAGCAUCAUCAUUUGAUGGAAAGAUGGGGAUGUAUAAUAUUGAGGGUUGUGGUCGAUGUGUUGCCCCAGAUGGUUCCUCUACUGCAGCUUAUUUAAGAGCUCCAAGAUGGUACAGACGUAAAGCUGGAGUUUCUUUUGGUUUUGGAGGAAAGCUUGUCUCCUUCCAUUCGACUAACACUAAAGAUGAACCAUCAGAGGUAUAUGUGCAAAAGGUAGACACCGAACAUGGGUUGGCAAGUCGGUCUUCUGUCUUUGAAGCUGCACUUCAGAAUGGGGAGAGAUCUGCACUUAGGCUUCUGUGCGAAACAAAAUCUCAGGAAUCAGAAUCUCUUGAUGAAAGAGAAACAUGGGGCUUCCUGAGGGUUAUGUUUGAAGAUGAUGGGACUGCAAGGACUAAACUGCUCUCACACCUUGGUUUCAGCGUGCCUGUGGAAAAAGAGAACAAUGUAGAGAAUGAGAUCUCUGAGCAAGUAUCUGCGUUUGGUUUUGGUGAAGGUCUUGCUGGUAAAGAGGGGGAUAAUGUGAAGAAAGAUACCAUGACCCAAGUUAUCGACAAUGGGGAGGAUUUCUUUAACAACCUUCCAAGUCCCAGAGUGGAUACUCCAUCAUCAUCUGCAAAUAACUUUGAUACUAAUGAAGCUGCUUUGGGCUGGGAUGAGGCUCCAGAUAUUAAUGGAUCAGAUCACAGUGACACAUCAUUUGAUGAUGCUGUUCAGCGUGUCUUGGUUGUUGGGGACUAUAAGGCUGCUGUCUCACUGUGCAUAUCUGCUAAUAAAAUGGCUGAUGCAUUAGUUAUUGCGCAUGUUGGCAGUACUUCCCUAUGGGAAAGUACUCGUGAUAAGUACCUGAAGACAAGCCGUUCUUCUUACCUGAAGAUUGUUACUGCAAUGGUUAACAAUGAUCUCAAAAGCCUUGUCAAUACCAGGCCGUUGAAAUCCUGGAAAGAAACACUUGUCCUCCUUUGCACCUUUGCUCAGCAAGAUGAAUGGACUUUUUUGUGUGACACACUUGCUUCAAGACUCCUUGCUGCUGGUGAAACACUUCCAGCAACACUUUGUUAUAUAUGUGCUGGGAAUAUUGACAAAACAAUCGAGAUAUGGUCAAGGACUCUGGCAGACAAGAAUGAUCGAAAAUCAUACAUUGACCUUCUUCAGGAUUUGAUGGAAAAGACUAUAGUAUUUGCUUUGGCCACUGGGCAGAAGCGGUUUAGUGCUACUCUGUACAAGCUUGUUGAGAAGUAUGUUGAAAUAUUAACAAGUCAGGGUCUUCUAGCUACAGCUAUGGAGUUCUUAAAACUUCUGGGGACUGAGGAACUGUCCCCAGAACUGGUAAUAUUACGAGAGCGAAUCUCUCUUGCUACUGAACCAGAUAAUGGUUCGUUGAAUUCUAUGGAUUUUGGUAGUUCUCAUUUGCAAACAUGGCCUGCACAUAUCCCUGAAAAAACAAGUUUUGGCAUGGUUGAUCCGUCUUACCAGUAUUAUCCAGAACCACCAUCGCAGCACACAAGUAUUCCUAGCAGCCCUUAUGCUGAGAGUUAUCAACCCGCUCCAGGUCCUUCAUACAAGGGAUAUGUUGCUCCUGCCCCUUACCAAAAUGCUCCACAACAAACAAUCCAACAACCGAACAUAUUUGUUCCGACACCUGCUCCUCACAUACCACAGGGCAGUGUUGCACCACCACCCGUUUAUGCUCAGCCUUCUGUGAAACCAUUCAGCCCAACAACCCCCCCUGCUUUGAAACAUGUUGAGCAAUAUCAGCAGCCAACUUUGGGUUCCCAGUUGUAUCCUGGCUCGGGUCAAAGUAGUUACCCAUCUGACCCUCCAGGGCCUGCGGCAUAUGGCUUCAACCCAUCUCCAGCACAAACUUUUGGACAGAAGAUGCCCCCGGUCAUUGCACCUUCUUCCUCAAGCUCUAGAGGAUUUACUCCAGUCCCUGGUCCUGCAAUUCAAAGGCCCAGUAUGAGUCCAAUGCAACCUCCAGGCCCUAUUCAAGCACCAGUAAUCCAUCCUGUAGCUCCUGCUGCUGCUCCACCCACAGUGCAGACAGUCGACACUUCUAAUGUCUCUGCGGAGCAUAAGGCCGUUGUUACAACUUUGACAAGACUCUUCAAUGAGACAUCUGAAGCGUUGGGAGGGUCAAGGGCAAAUCCAGCUAAGAAACGUGAGAUUGAAGAUAAUUCGAAGAGGUUAGGGGCGUUAUUUGCUAAGCUCAACAGAAAAGAUAUAUCUGAGAGUGCUGCAGAAAAGCUUGUACAGCUCUGUCGGGCAUUGGACAACCGGGACUUUGGUACCGCCCUUCAGAUUCAGGUGCAACUAACCACCAGUGAUUGGGACGAGUGCGACUUUUGGCUAGCAACGCUGAAGCGAAUGAUCAAAACGAGGCAAAGCUUCAGGUAGAAGUGAUGUACUCCAGCCUCAAAUAUGAUCUAGAGUAGUUUUUUUUUUGCUUUUAAACUUUUCCAAGUGAUGGGUUUAAGGUUUGUUUGCACGAUUUGUAACCAUCAGGGCGUUUCUUUUGUCAUCAGCUUUUUAGCUUUUAGCCCAAUCUCUGUCUCUUUCCCUUUUAGUGUUUGCAGUUUUAAAGAGAUUGGAAAAUAUACAGUUCACACAUAUGGUUGCUGCUGAUUAUAUUUUUUAUUCACCAUCAAAAUGGUAAAUAGAAAACCCACGACUGCUUCUUUCUUAUCUUCUGUUUUUUAUCCAUACAAGUACUUCUGCUGUAUUCUUGACAGACGUUCAAUUUAUGAGCUAAAUAA